AUGAGACUGCCCACCGUCCUCAUCACCGGUUGCAGCGACGGCGGGAUUGGGUCCGCCCUGGCCCUCGCCUUCCACAAACGAGGUUAUCACGUCUUCGCUACGGCCAGAGAUACCUCGAAGAUGGGCCUCCUGCGCGACCUUGCAAACGCGACGUAUCUCCAACUGGACGUGACCAAGCCCUACCAGAUUGCUCUAGCGGUGGACGCUGUCCGCGAGCGCACUGACGGACGGCUCGACUUCCUCAUCAACAACGCCGGAUACACUCGGUUCAUGCCGUUGCUGGACGAGGACCCCGACGCGUGUCGUCAGCUCUUCGAAACCAACGUCUGGGGCGCCCUCGCCGUCACGCAGUCCUUCGCCCCACUGCUGAUCCGGGCGCGGGGCUCGGUGGGCUUUAUUACCUCUAUUACAGGCCACACCCAUCUGCCGUUCAUGGGCGUCUACAGCGCAUCAAAAGCUUCCAUGGACCUCAUGGCCGAAACACUUAGACUGGAACUCGCCCCAUUCGGUGUCAAAACCGUGUCUCUCAUCACCGGGGCCGUCGAGACUCGCGCCCUGGCAUUCUUCAACACCUGGUCCCUGCCCCCUGCAUCUCGGUAUAAACCCAUUGAGCCGGUAAUCACCGCCCGCGUUCGCGGCGUGGAGACCUUCCUCCAGACCCCUAUAAUGGAUUAUGCGGACCAGGUGGCAGAUAAGCUCAUCAAGGGUACGUCGGGGAGAGUGUGGACGGGUGCCAAUUCCACACUGAUGUGGUUGCUGGUGAACUACGUGCCGGGAUGGAUUCAGGAUAGAGUCUUGUUCUCUAGGUCGGGGCUGGGCCGGAUCACCGCGCACAGAGAGUAAUCACAAUCUUGUUAUUUUUGAGGGAGGUGUAAUGAUAUUACAAGAUUCCACAACAUCCACAUAACAAGUCAUCCUCUCCUUCCUCCGUAGCCCAGCCUUUCUCGUUCAUGUACUCCGUAUUUUCCUCAUCCUGAUACAGCGCUCGAAACACCCCGAUAGAACGCACCUCCAUCUGGAAUGCACCCUCCUGCGCACCAAAAAAGCUGCACCUUUUAGUCUCACGCAUCUGCCUCUCCACUAGCAGAGAACAUAC